AUGAAUCUAUGGAAAGUAAAAUAUAUUUUAUAAAUAAAAGAAAGAUAAGAAUAAGGAAGAUUAAAAAAGGAAAAAGAAGUUAAAUCACUUAAUAAUAGUUAAUGUGGUUAAUAUUAAUUAGAAGAAAAUAAAGAAGAAAAAGAUACAUAUGUAAGUAAAAAAAUAACAGCUUUAUUUUUAAGAAAAAGUAUAAUUUUUUUAAUUUUUGAAUUAUUUUAAAAAAGUUAAGAUAUGUAAGGAGAAAAGAAAGUGUAAAUUUUUUAAAAAAUAAAAAAAUAUAUAAAUAUCAUAAGAAAUUCUUUAAUCCUCUUUACUGUAAAUUUAAAAGAUUUAAAAAAUUAAUUUAAAGGAUUAGAAGUUUUAUUAUUAACCUAUAAUAAAUUAAUAUCUAAUAUAAAAACAUUAAUUGAAAUAUUAAAAAAAUUAAUUCCAGAGACAUAUUUAAUUCCAAAAUUAACUAUAUCAGUAGGAAAGCUACUUAAUAAAGAUAACCUUUUAAGAAGUGUAUAAAAUAAAUGGAUAGAACAAAGUUUAAAUUAGGCUAUAUAAGAAAAAUUAAUAAAAAAUAAAGAUGAGAUAAAUAAAGAUAUACUUUUUUUAUUUAGAUUACUUACACUUAAACAUAAGAUAAAAUAUCCUUUAUAAGGUGGCUCAUAUAAUAUAGAUUUAGAUUUAGAAAUGCUUUAGAACAUAAAUAUGUGA